CAACAUUUGACAUUCGACACUCGAAAAUGGUCAACAAAAGCCAAAAGUCGAUCGAGUUGGGGCAACACUUCCAUGGAAACCAUCGAGAGAAGCACUCCCCAGAUGAUGAUGAUGCUGCUGCUGUUAUUUCUAUUCCUUUCUGGAUCUUCGGUUUUAAGUUCCCCUCUGGACCCAGAAGAUAUGGAACUGCUGGAGAUGAUGCUCCGGGAUGGCGAUGGAUACCCGAAUAGUGGACGCAGUCUGAGGGACAUAUCCGUGCUGCCGGCCACAUCGAUUGGCUGCGACGAGAACGAUUCCGAAGAGGACUUUAAAAUGUUCGACGAUAUCGAGGAGAGCGUAGAGUGUGAGGACUUUCUGCCACCCUGUGAACCGGCGAACCCUGUGGUGGAAGAAUAUCCCAUAAAUCAUCCCUGCUUUUUGCGCCUAAUCCUGCUGCGGACUCCACUCCUGAAGCAUGACCCAUGCGUCAACUUCACACUGGCGCAAGAAACCCCGAAAUCAACUGAAAAGCCUAGAAAGCCCAAGAAGAAAUGCGAUCCCAAGUCGAAGGCAAAUAUUUCCAAAACUCCAGGUACUCAGAAUGGGUCGAAAGCGAUGCCAAACACUGGCCAAAAGGAAGUCCAAACAACGCCCAAUACUGAAAAUAAAGAAAAGAAAAUACUUUCCGAAACUGGCGAAGCGACAACCAAAAAACCCGAUUCAAGUUCAACAACAAUCUCAACAUCAAGAACAGAGAAAACUUCUACUGAAGGUAGUUCCCCAACAAAAAGAGUUCCAAAUCGAAAGAACAGAAAGCUAACCACUCCCAGGACAACAACAACAACAGCAACAACCACAGCCGGAGCCACGACCACAGAGAAGACCAUCACUACAGAGGAUACAACGACAGAGAUCAUUAGCACCACCACCACCGAAGCAGAAGGAGAAGAACAAACAACCUUCACGACAACGACAACGACUGCAGCACCCACCAGAACCACCAAAAGAGCAGCCACUCGUCGCACAACCAGAGCAAUUCCAAUCAACGAGGACGCCCAACUGAAAUCCAUUGGCUUAAAGAAAAAUAAGAGAGCUACCACAGUCGCUCCUCCAAAACGAGGCAAUAGUACUUAUAAUUUCAAAACCAAGGCCAAUGGCCUAUUCGGAGUUCCAGGCCAACCCAUAAUCAAGAUCGAUAGCCAACCCAGCGAGGUCAUUAAAGUCGUUCUAUCCAAAGAUGUGGGGGAAAUGCGGCUACCGGCGGAAGAGACAGACACUUCAACACCCUUGACAACCACAACAUCCGAGCCGGAAACGACGACAACUGAUGAGAGCUGCGAAGAAGACAUGGAAACCACCAACGAAGUGGAAAAUGAAACAGAAGAAACAGAAUAUUUCCCAGAAACCGAAGAGGAAACCGAAGAAGAUCUGUUUGUUUCAGCAUCAGACAUGGAUAGAGCCAAGUCAACCUCAACCACGGAGGAGCCCUGCGUAGACGCGGACGCCGAUGAUCAAGGAACAAAUCUCUGUCCAGAGUUUAUGCCAGCAUACGGCAACUCAAACUCCAGGCCCCCACCAGGACCACGGUUCCGAAAGCCCGUGAAGAACUAUGUGGAACCCAUUCUAUACGAGGGAUCGUUUGCCAAGCCGCGCCAGAGGAUCGGAUUAACACAACCCCAACCGCAGCGCCGGGACUACUUUGUAAGCAACAAGCAGAUUGUGCCAAGACCCAGGCCUAAGUACAGGAAGCGGCUGCCCCACUCGAUCUACAUGAAUAAUAUUAUCAGGGGUGUAGACUGCGUGGACGAUGUGACUGCGAGUCCCUAUCCACAGGUUGGCCCGUAUCCACAGCCCUUUAGAGCCAUACAACCAUCUCAUGGGCAACGCAACUGGCCAGCGAGUCGUCGACCAGGAGGAGGAUAUGGCUCUGUCCAGAGGAGCCCUGGCUAUGGUCCGGGACCAGCGCCGGUUCAACGUAUCCGUUCCUCUCCGGCUCCUCGAUAUCCGGGAUGUUCAGAGGAAGAGCAGCACUAUCACAAUGACAGGGAGAGCAAUGAGGAUCAGCAUGACUUCGAGGAGGAGGCAGCCGCCUUGAUGCGAGCACCCGAACCGACACCCAGCAUAGAUCCCUGCCAGGCAGAGCAUGAUCACCCCCUUUACGGACAGCAUCUCCAGCAAUCAGUCCACGAUUAUUCACAAUCCAAAAACUUCUUUACCUAAAUCAUAGUCCCAAGGGCUGUAGUUUGUAAGCCACCGACCAGCACCCAGUAACAAAUUUAACCACAUAUGUAAUAAACAAG